AGAGGCCGCCCGCUCACUUCCCGCGGAGGCGCUCCCGGGCGCCGCGCUCCGCGGCCGCCGCCUGCCCCCGCCCGCCGCGCCGCCUCCGCCGCGCACGCCGCGCCCCGCAGCGCCUGGCUUCCUCCUCGCUAGGGUGGCGUUGGGCUGGCGCGGGCACUCGGGUGACUGCAGCUACUCGGCUCCCCGCCCCCCGCCCUGCGCCGCGCGGCCGCCCGUCGCUUCGCACGGGGCUGGAUGGUUGCAUCGGGCAGGGUGGCUCCAGGAUGUUAGGGACUGUGAAGAUGGAAGGGCAUGAGAGCAGCGACUGGAACAGCUACUACGCGGACACACAGGAGGCCUACUCCUCCGUCCCCGUCAGCAACAUGAACUCGGGCCUGGGCUCUAUGAACUCCAUGAACACCUACAUGACCAUGAACACCAUGACCACGAGCGGCAACAUGACCCCAGCUUCGUUCAACAUGUCCUACGCAAACCCGGGCCUGGGCGCCGGCCUGAGUCCGGGCGCCGUGGCUGGCAUGCCGGGCGGCUCCGCGGGCGCCAUGAACAGCAUGACGGCGGCGGGCGUGACGGCCAUGGGGACGACGCUGAGCCCGGGCGGCAUGGGCGCCAUGGGCGCGCAGCCCGCGGCCUCCAUGAACGGCCUGGGCCCCUACGCGGCUGCCAUGAACCCGUGCAUGAGCCCCAUGGCGUACGCGCCGUCCAACCUGGGCCGCAACCGGGCGGGGGGCGGCGGCGACGCCAAGACUUUCAAGCGCAGCUACCCGCACGCUAAGCCGCCCUACUCGUACAUCUCGCUCAUCACCAUGGCCAUCCAGCAGGCGCCCAGCAAGAUGCUCACGCUAAGCGAGAUCUACCAGUGGAUCAUGGACCUCUUCCCUUAUUACCGGCAGAAUCAGCAGCGGUGGCAGAACUCCAUCCGGCACUCGCUCUCCUUCAACGACUGCUUCGUCAAAGUGGCGCGCUCCCCGGACAAGCCGGGCAAGGGCUCCUACUGGACGCUGCACCCGGACUCCGGCAACAUGUUUGAGAACGGUUGUUACUUGCGCCGCCAGAAGCGCUUCAAGUGUGAGAAGCAGCCGGGGGCCGGGGGCGGAAGCGGGAGCGGGGGUGGCGGCGGCGGCGGCGCCAAGGGCGGUCCUGAGAGCCGCAAGGACCCCUCGAGUGCCGCCAACCCCACUGCCAACUCGCCCCUUCAUCGGGGCGUGCACGGUAAGGCAGGCCAGCUAGAGGGCGCGCCGGCCCCUGGGCCGGCUGCCAGCCCCCAGACUCUGGACCACAGCGGGGCGACGGCGACAGGGGGCGCCUCGGAGUUGAAGACUCCAUCCUCCUCGGCUGCGCCCCCGAUCAGCUCCGGGCCCGGGGCACUGGUAUCUGUGCCCCCCUCCCACCCGGCGCAUGGCCUGGCCCCCCACGAGUCCCAGCUGCACCUGAAAGGAGACCCCCAUUACUCUUUCAACCACCCCUUCUCCAUCAACAACCUCAUGUCCUCCUCGGAGCAGCAGCAUAAGCUGGACUUCAAGGCAUAUGAGCAGGCACUACAGUACUCGCCCUAUGGCGCUGCGUUGCCCGCCAGCCUGCCCCUCGGCAGCGCCUCGGUGGCCACCAGGAGCCCCAUCGAGCCCUCAGCCCUGGAGCCGGCCUACUACCAAGGUGUGUAUUCCAGACCCGUCCUAAACACUUCCUAGCUCCCUGGGACUGGGGGUUUGUCUGGCAUGGCCAUGCUGGUAGCAAGAGACAGAGAGAGACAGAGAGAGACAGAGAGAGAGAGAGAGAGAGAAAUCCACACAUACCAAGCCGACAACAGCAUAAUGAAAUCCCAACUAUUUUUAUUUCAUUUUUUGUGUGUGUGCACAAUCUUUUCCCCAGUGCAAAGGACUGUUACUUUGUUAUUGUAUUCGAAAUGCCUUGUGUAUAUUAUUACAAAGAAAACCAGUCCCAAACCAACACGAUUUUUUCCUGCAAUGUUUAACAAUCCACAAAUGUAUAUAUAAAAUCCUCCUACUUCCUUAUUCCUCUCCCUUGCUUCCCUCUUUCCCCUCCAGACACCGUUGUAGUCUGUGCAGGGUUUAUUUAAAAAGAAAGAAAGAAAGAAAUGGUCAAACUUGUAAAAUAUUUGUUUGUGCUUUCCCCCACCCCCUCACCUGACCCUCCACAAGUUUACAGGUCUGUGGCAAUACUCUUAACCAUAAGAACUGAAAGGGUGAAGAAACAAGUAGACACUAGGGGCUAUUAAAAGUAUUUGAAGGACAAUACUGCUGUUAUGCAGCAAAACAUAAAUUGAUUAUAAACAUCAGAGCCAUUAUUCAGCUUCCAUUUCUGAUACAUUCAGAUAGCUGUCUUAAAAUGAAAUACACAUAUAUUAUGUACGAUCUUAUUUAUGCACAUGCUCAAAUAUGUAGACAUCCUCCAUAUAUUUGCAUAACAUGUAGAAAUAAUAGUUAGGUGAUAUACAUGGUACAUUUUCAAGAGUUGCCUGACCACGAAGUUACAAAGACACCCUCCUCCCUUGUCUUCUCCACUCACAUAUAGCCCUGAGAAUCAGUUCCUCAAGAAUUGCCAUCCUCAAUAACUCUGCUCUUUGCUUUGCAGAGUGCCAUUGUCAUGUCAUUCUGAGGUCACAUAACAUGUACAAAAUUAGCUUCUAUGUAUCUGUACCAUUUAAAUAUUUUUUCCAGGAAAAAGGGAAUAUUACAAUGUUGGAGGAGAGAUAAGUUAUAGGGAGUGGUAUUUCAAAAUUUGGUCCAAAAUUCCAAAAUCCAACUGAUUGUGGCCAUUUUAAUUAUUGCCAUCGUGUGCUUGUUUCAUUCAGUGUUAAUGCACUUUUCACAGUUGGACAUGGUGUUAGUAUAGCCAGACGGGUUUCAUUAUUCUUCUUUGCUUUCUCAAUGUUAAUUUAUUGCAUGGUUUAUUCCUUUUUUUUUCUUUAUAGUUGAAAUUGCUUUAAAUGAUGGUUAAAAUUACAAAUUAAAAAUGUUAAUUUUAUCAAUGUGAUUGUAAUUAAAAUAUUUUGAUUUAAAUAACGAAAAUGAUAAAUUUUAAACCGUGGAAUAUGUUCUUGAUCAUUUGCAGUUAAGGACUUUAAAUAAAUCAAAUGUUAACAAAAAAGUAUAUCUGUUAUUUUCCUCAAUUAAAUCUAAAAUAGGUCUUCUGAAAAUGAUAUUUUCCAAAGUCCGGCACUGAAUAUAAAUAACAAAAAGGGAAAAUGAUAUAAAACAAAAUUGUUUUGUUUAUUAUAUGAACAUGAAGCUAGUAAAAAACAGUUAAAGAAAUUCAAUAAAAAUGGGUAGAUAAAUUGAUUUAAUAUCCCAAGAAUUGAGAUUUUUAAGAGUAUUUAUUCCCAAUAAUGUUUAAUUUUUGACAUGAGCUUAAGCCUCCUCUGUUUCCUUUGAGUCUGUCCACAAUGAAAUCAAAUUCAUUAAUAUAACUACAUUUCCCCCUGCCCCAAUGUCUAAUAUUUCUUUAUCUGAGAAGUAUUCUAGUGAGAAUAAAAUAUCAGAUGUGGCUGAUAAAAUUAAGUUGU